GAUGUCGGGGGAAGGGCUUGAAGGAGGAACUACGGAGGCUUCCAGAAGAUUUUGAUUAACAGCGAGCGCUAGGGAAGGUCACAGGGAUACAAAAGGGUAGGAGGAGGAUCCAGAGACCUCCAAGUUGUGGACUUCGAAGGCAUCCGGUUCCUUUCCCAGCUUUGUCAAGAAUUCCCUGGGCGGCGGACACCCUCAAAAUAAAAAAAAUGGGAACCACAGAGAAGGGGAAAAAGAAGAACCACAAGCGUUUUGAGAAACAAACAGAGGCUGGGCCUAGGGCCUGGGGUGUGCCCUGCAACUGGGGGGGGUGGGGCUGGAUGUUCUUGGAGUCAGGGAGCAGCAGCCUCCCACAGGAUGUGAGAGAGGAACUGGGGUCUCCAGUCACGGGAGCCAGGAGCCGGCCAGGGCCGCAGGCAGGAAGGGAGCGAGGCUGAAGGGAACGUCGUCCUCGCAGCAUGAGGGUCCCGCGGCCUCAGCCCUGGGCGCUGGGGCUCCUGCUCUUUCUCCUGCCCGGGAGCCUGGGCGCAGAAAGCCACCUCUCCCUCCUGUACCACCUCACCGCGGUGUCCUCGCCUGCCCCGGGGACGCCUGCCUUCUGGGUGUCUGGCUGGCUGGGCCCGCAGCAGUACCUGAGCUACGAUAGCCUGCGGGGCCAGGCGGAGCCCUGUGGAGCUUGGGUCUGGGAAAACCAAGUGUCCUGGUAUUGGGAGAAAGAGACCACAGAUCUGAGGAUCAAGGAGAAGCUCUUUCUGGAAGCUUUCAAAGCUUUGGGGGGAAAAGGCCCCUACACUCUGCAGGGCCUGCUGGGCUGUGAACUGAGCCCUGACAACACCUCGGUGCCCACCGCCAAGUUCGCCCUGAACGGCGAGGAGUUCAUGAAUUUCGACCACAAGCAGGGCACCUGGGGUGGGGACUGGCCCGAGGCCCUGGCUAUCAGUCAGCGGUGGCAGCAGCAGGACAAGGCGGCCAACAAGGAGCUCACCUUCCUGCUAUUCUCCUGCCCACACCGGCUGCGGGAGCACCUGGAGAGGGGCCGUGGAAACCUGGAGUGGAAGGAGCCCCCCUCCAUGCGCCUGAAGGCCCGACCCGGCAACCCUGGCUUUUCCGUGCUUACCUGCAGCGCCUUCUCCUUCUACCCUCCGGAACUGCAACUUCGGUUCCUGCGGAAUGGGCUGGCCGCUGGCACCGGCCAGGGCGACUUCGGCCCCAACAGUGACGGCUCCUUCCACGCCUCGUCGUCACUAACAGUCAAAAGUGGCGAUGAGCACCACUACUGCUGCAUCGUGCAGCACGCAGGGCUGGCGCAGCCCCUCAGGGUGGAGCUGGAAACUCCAGCCAAGUCCUCGGUGCUCGUGGUGGGAAUCGUCAUCGGUGUCUUGCUACUCACAGCAGCGGCUGUAGGAGGAGCUCUGUUGUGGAGAAGGAUGAGGAGUGGGCUGCCAGCCCCUUGGAUCUCCCUCCGUGGAGAUGACACCGGGUCCCUCCUGCCCACCCCGGGGGAGGCCCAGGAUGCUGAUUCGAAGGAUAUAAAUGUGAUUCCAGCCACUGCCUGACCAUCCGCCAUUCCGACUGCUAAAAGCGAAUGUGGUCAGGCCCCUUUCAUGCUGUGAGACCUCCUGGAACACUGGCAUCUCUGAGCCUCCAGAAGGGGUCCUGGGUCCUGUUGUCCUCCGUCUGGAGCCCCGUCCUGUGGUCUGCCUCAGUUUCCCCUCCUAAUACAUAUGGCUCUUUUCCACCUCGAUAAUAUAACACGAGUUUGGGCCCGAA